CUCACGGACGCUUCACUCCCCACAGCAUCCAUCUCUUCGUCCCGACGUCACACGCCCCUCUCCUUUACUCGCAGCGUAGGUGAGAGUCGAAUGCGCAGUGCUAACCUCCUCCAGUGUUUUCCAACGGGAUAUACUACUGAUAGAUCACCGGACAAGUCGUAACAGGCACAGCGAUCCGCAGCAAGUUGAAGGUUAAUGCAGGUGAUAGGGGAAUAAAUAACCACGUUCAUGCCCGAGAUUUGACAUUGACAAACAGCGAGAAGAAGCGUGCGUGGCCGUUUACCUCGCUACUCACGCAUAACUGGCGGACAGAAACACGGACCGGAAUCAGCCAGCCAGGGAUGUUAGCGAUGGACGUGUGAUUCCGGCUUUAAGGCUCCCAGUUGUUGUCAACCCUCCGUCCCUCAUGGCCCUGGUCCAUGAGCCCCGCUCCUCCUCCCCCUCCCUCUCCUGCUUCAACUCGCCCCUCUCCGACGGGCCCCCCCUCCGCCACCUGGAUGCCCAGACGCCCUGCACCCCCGAGAUGGACCUCACCCCCACCCAGUGCGUCCUCCGCAACGUGCUGUCCAUCGCCACCGGCGCGGCGCCGGAGCCCGAGGGCGGCGGCGGCGGGGGGGCGGGCAGGGGGCAGAGCGGCCAGAGCCCCACCCCCAGCGAGGAGCAGCAGGAGCAGCACUUCGCCAACAGCGUGCUGAAGCUCCAUGACAACGAGGGGGGGCCGGGGGGCCGGGGGACGGAGGGCGAGGGCGGUCAGGACCCCGAGAGCAGCGCCGUCCGCAGCCAGCUGCAGUUCCACCCCCAUCACGGGGGAGGGGGCUUCCUGGAGGGGCUGUUUGGCUGCCUGAGGCCCGUGUGGACCAUGAUCGGCAAGGCCUACUCCACCGAACACAAGCACAACCUGGAAGGCCGCCCUUCCGUAGAACUGUGGGAGGUCCCGUUCGAGGAGAUCUCCGACCUCCAGUGGGUGGGCAGCGGAGCCCAGGGCGCCGUCUUCCUGGGGAAACUCCACGGACAGGAGGUGGCCGUUAAGAAAGUACGGGACAUCAAGGAGACGGACAUCAAGCACCUCCGCAAGCUCAAACACCCCAACAUCAUCACGUUCAAGGGGAUCUGCACCCAGGCCCCCUGCUACUGCAUCCUCAUGGAGUACUGCGCGCAGGGCCAGCUGUACGAGGUGCUGAGGGCCGGACGCAAGAUCGUGCCCUCCCUGCUCAUGGACUGGGCCAUGGGUAUCGCCGGGGGCAUGAACUACCUGCACCUCCACAAGAUCAUCCACCGAGACCUCAAGUCGCCCAACAUGCUGAUCACGUACGACGACCUGGUGAAGAUCUCAGACUUCGGAACGUCCAAAGAGCUCUUCGACAAGAGCACCAAGAUGUCCUUUGCCGGUACGGUGGCCUGGAUGGCCCCGGAGGUCAUCCGCAACGAGCCCGUCUCAGAGAAGGUGGACAUUUGGUCGUUUGGCGUGGUUCUCUGGGAGAUGCUGACCGGAGAGGUGCCCUACAAGGACGUGGACUCCUCGGCCAUCAUCUGGGGCGUGGGCAACAACAGCCUCCAGCUGCCCGUCCCCGAGACCUGCCCCGACGGCUUCAAGAUCCUGCUGAGGCAGUGCUGGAGCUCCAAGCCUAGGAACAGGCCAUCGUUCAGACAGAUCCUGCUGCACCUCGACAUCGCCUCGGCAGACAUCUUGUCCACCCCACAGGAAACCUACUUCCAAACUCAGGCAGAGUGGCGGGAGGAGGUGAGACAACACUUUGAGAAGAUCAAGUCUGAGGGGACGUGUCUCCACCGGCUGGACGAGGAGCUAAUCAUCCGGCGCAGGGAGGAGCUGAGGCAUGCGCUGGACAUCCGGGAGCACUACGAGAGGAAGCUGGAGAGAGCCAACAACCUGUACAUGGAGCUCAACGCCGUCAUGCUGCAGCUGGAGCUCAAGGAGAAAGAGCUGCUCAAGAGGGAGCAGUCUCUGGACAAGAAGUACCCCGGCGUCUUCCAGAAGCACCACAGCUCCAGACAGAGCGGCUCGUCCAACUCCAUGGAGAAGCUGAUGAAGAAGCGCAACGUCCCCCAGAAACUGCCCAUACACAGCAAGAGGCCGGACCUGCUCAAGUCCGAGGUGAUCCUGCCCAAGCUGGACUCCUCCAUGACCCAGGUCACCAUCCCCACCAAGGGCUCCACCUCGCCCGGCCGCUCGCGCCGCGCCAAGCCCCGCUACCGCAAGGCGGGCAAGGGCAGCAGCGGCGACCUGGCCCAGCUCAAGGCCACGCUGUCCUCCUCCCUGGGGCUGGUCUCCGCCGCCGCCACCACCCCCACCUCCACCUCCAGCUCCACCUCGGUGCCCAGCAGCAAGCAGCACCUGGACCCCAGCGCCGCCCUGCGCGGCCUGCAGCACGACCUGCUGCUCAAGAAGAUGUCCUCCUCCAGCCCCGACCUCAUCUCCUCCACGCUGGAGGUCGACGGUCGCGGCGGCGGCGGCGGCGGGAAAACGGGCGUGGGCCUGGAGAGAGGGGGGAGCCAGAGCGCCUCGGCCGGCCUGGGAGGGGGAGGGGACGGGGGAGGAGGGGAGGGAGGGGAAGACGGGAGGAGGGCGAGCCCGGGGGGCCGCCCGGGCGACGGGGGCAGAAGGGGAGGAGCCGAGGAGCGGGCGGAGACGCCCCCGCCGCGCAGCAACACGCCCAGCGAGGACGCGGCGUCCGUCCCCUUCUCCAGCAGCCCCGACUCCCCCUGCGGGAGGGGGGCGGCGGCCGGGCCGGUGACCACGGCCAGCCGGGGGUCCUCGGCCAUGGGGAACCCCCGUCCGCCCCCCCACCACCACCACCACCACGACGGGGAGGAGAAGGAGGAGGUGACGGCGGGGAUCAUGCGCUCGCCCCGGAGUCAGAGGCUCACGCCGUCGGCGCUGCUGUACCGGGCGGCUGUCACCCGCAGUCAGAGACGUGGAUUGUCCUCAGAAGAGGAGGAGGGAGAAGUGGACAGCGAAGUGGAGUUGCCACGGAGACGGCGUCCGGUGAGCAUGACCAAGUGCCAGUCGCUGUCCACCUUCAGCUCGGAGAACCUGUCGGUGUCGGACGGCGAGGAGGAGGGCAACACCACGGACCACUCCCACAGCGGCACGCCCGACGUGGUCAGCACCAACACGGACGAGCGGCUGGACGACAAGAGCGAUGACCUGCUCUCCCAGGGCUCCGAGAUCCCCGCCGACCCGCAGCAGCUGGCCUCCGACGGGCUGUCUGAGAAGGAGGCGGCCCUGCAGCAGGUGAAGACCCAGCUCACCACCGACCACAACAGCUACCAGCAGGUUCUCUACGACGACUCAGACUGUGACAGCACAGAGCUGGACCACUCAGGCAGCGCAGAGCCCGGCUGCCCCCCCGCUCAAUGGUGAACAGACCCCUACCCCCCCCCCCCCCCCCAACCCACCACCACCGUCCGUCAAAACACCACCAACCCCAUCCCAGCGGAGCCCGUCCGAACCUCGGGCUACCUGGCCACAGAACCGAUGACGAGGACCCUCUACCACGUGGAAAACACACAGGGUUUACUUGAGGUCACAGAGGGGCGGCUCUCCACAGCCAACAACAAGGUACCAAACUGGACUCCUGAGGCGGGUGUAUAGAUGUACGGGUCGUGGUACUGGACAAGCAGAACAAAAAUCCAAUGCAAAAGGACAAAUGACUGAAUAGGACUGCAUCCAUCACUGUAGACCCCCGCAGGGAGGAGAUAACAUUUUGUCGUAGGUAGCAGCAGGCCCCCUCUCGCACACGCACACGCACACACACACACACACACACACACACACACACACACACAAACUGUCUCCCUCUCUCUCAACAUGGCAGAAAUGCAACUUUGAAAUCACCUUUCUGGUAAGGGCCUCCCCGAGUCAACCCGGUUUCCAUAUUCAGCGAUUGGCUAAUUUGUUAACGCCGAAAGCAUUGUCAUGUGAUUUCACGCAAUGUUGUAUUUUUUGGACAUAUUUAUCGUUGUUUACAAUUCCGAUUGGGCAGGUAACUGUGUGUUUAUGGCCCUCACAUUGCUGCUUGAAGUUCAGUUAAAUUAUUACUGUUUUUGUAGAGACACAGUGUCAUAUAGGAUUUUUACCAAAAACAUUAUGCACUGAGUUAUUCAUUUGUCAUUAGUUUACAAUUUAUUUAUUCCAUACUCACUAAAUAUUUCAAUGUUUACAUUUGUUGUUGGACGUUAUACUUUAUUUAUAUUUGCAUAUCAGGGAUUAUUUUGUCAUUUUCUACAGUCUGUGUUUUAAUAUCAGUGUAAAUAUUUUACAUUGUAAAAUGAACAAAUUUUUUUAAAUAUAAGAAUAAUUUAAUGGUGCUGAUGUUUUUAAUUAGAAGGCGCUAAUGUACAUGAAGGUAAGAGUGUGAUUCUAGAGCAGAGCUUCUGUUCGUGUGUGGACGUCCACUGGAUCAACUAGACUGGAAACGCUUUUUACAGAUGAGCAAUAUGUAUUCUCUGUGCUAUUUCCUUUAAAAGGUCGACGCAAAGUGAUAUCAGACUGACUUGUGGUGGUAUUGCAGUGCGACUGUAUAAAAAAAAAAAAAGGCAAUACCUCUUUCCCAACCUCACCUUGUACAUCGACAUGUACAUAUGACAAAAGCAUGCUUGUAGACAAAGAAUAUGGGUUGCAUAUCAUGUAUUUAUGACUUCACCUAUUGUAAUUUAUCUUUUUAACUCUUGUGAAAAAAACGUCGACCAAACAAAACCGAACAAAUUACAGUUCAUUAAAAGUGAACUUUUCAACUACAUAUUAAAAGAUUUGUGAAAGCUAACAAAUGAGGUCUGGAGCCAAUACUAUCUUAAACGUCAACUUCUACACAACUCUUAAAAUGGACAGCUAUGGGAUUGAAAGCUGAUCAUUUGAAUUGGGAUUCCUAGAAUGUUAAUACUAUAUAUGCAUCUUGCUUCCUGUAAAUCCAAUAUAACCAUCAUGGUUUUGAAAGAUCCAAUCGAUCUUUUACAAAAAUUGGCAACCAUAGGUUUGUUUUAUAGACUCUGCAAAUAUGUAAAACACUGACUUUGAAUGUUCAAUUGUAUUGUUUUAUCCUCCUGAACGAUGUUAACACAGGUUGAUGUGCCCAAUGAGGCUCUAUACAAAAUCACAAAUUUCCUUUAGUUUUUUGUAAAUUCAUAUUAAAAAUGACCUAUAAUCCUUUAAAUGAA